AUUUGUGGGAUGAACGAAUGAAAGAUUUUAUAUCUAUCCUCCAAUGUAAACAUGCUAAAGAAGAGAUUGCUGGAACUCAAAACAACGAUGGUUCUUUCGAUAUAUUACCCGGCCAAAUUAUCGACGAACUUGCUAUAGUUGCAACUGAAAAUAUUUCUUCUUCCAUUCGUAUUACCGAUGAUCGUGUCAAAAAACUUAAUACCAAAGUAUGGAACACAUUCAUAACAGUAGCCUACUGCAAUAUAGUGUUAGGAAAACAUAAAUCAAAAUGGAAAGCUCAAAGCGAAAAGGCCUGCGCUUGGUUGCAUAUUCAAAUUGGUGAUGAGAAAUUAGAAAAUAAGAUUUUAGAAUCUUGUGAGAAAGCAAUUAUUGAGAAAGUUAUUAAUAAGAAUAUUAAGAAAGAAUCUUUUUGGUCUUCUACACUCAAAGGUGUACUUAAAUAUAAAAGUGAAGAUGUAUCUGCUACUCUUACUAUCCUUCAAUCAAUAAACACUCUUGAAACAGUCAAAAAUAUUGUUGAUAACCAAAAGGCCGAUGGUUCUAUUAAUUUAAACAAAACCAUUUCCGAUCAAAUUAAUAUCUCUUCUGACAACAUACAAUCAUCAAUUCAGAUUUAUGGUGUUAGUGAAAAAUUAAAAAAAAUCUCAAAAGAUGUAUGGGAAACAGCCUUGUCACUCCGUUACUUAGCUAUUACUUCUCAAUCCCGAGAUCAACAUAAAUUACAAUCUGAAAAAGCCAAAAAGUACCUUAUCGGAGAUCUCAAAGACAUAGAAUUAGUAGAAGAGCUAUUAACUACUUCGGAAAAGAUUAUUAUUGAACAAAGGGUCAAAAAAGAAAAUGAAGAUGCCAUGGCUACUGUCAAAACCUCUACCACAACCGAAAAAGCAAAAG